AUGGCCAAGAUUAAAAAGAAGGGCCAGGCCGGCCAGGCCAAGAACUACAUUACGCGCACGCAGGCGGUCAAGAAGCUGCAGCUCAGCCUGCCCGACUUCCGCAAGCUGUGCAUCUGGAAAGGCAUCUACCCGCGCGAGCCCCGGAACCGCAAGAAGGUGUCCAAGUCGGCCACGGCCUCGACCACCUUCUACUACACCAAGGAUAUCCAGUAUCUGCUGCAUGAGCCGCUGCUUCAAAAGUUCCGCGAGCAAAAGGUGCUCGAGAAGAAGAUCUCGAAAGCUCUCGGCCGCGGCGAUGUCUCGGACGCCGCCCGCCUCGAGCGCAACGCCGCCCGCCCCGACAAGACGGGCAAGCCGCGCUACACGCUCAACCACGUCAUCCGAGAGCGCUACCCAACCUUCACCGACGCCCUGCGCGACCUGGACGACUGCCUGUCGAUGCUUUUUCUGUUUGCCAACCUCCCGUCCACGACCGCCGUGCCCGCCAAGAUGAUCGCCCGCUGCGAGCGCCUCUGCCUCGAGUUUGAGCACUACCUCAUCGUGUCGCACAGCCUGCGCAAGUCAUUCCUGUCCAUCAAGGGAAUAUACUACCAGGCCAACAUUCAAGGCGAGGACAUCCUGUGGCUGGUGCCCUACAAGUUCAACCAGAGGGUCGUCGGCGACGUCGACUUCCGUAUCAUGGGCACAUUUGUCGAGUUCUACAUGACGCUGCUCGGUUUUGUCAACUACAGACUGUACACGUCCGUCGGGCUCAAGUAUCCGCCAAAGUUUGACCAGCUCAAGGACGACCAAGGCGCCGAGCUCGGCGCCUUUGCUCUGGAGGGUUUGAACAUCGCGAACGACGAGACCAAGGCCAUCGCCAACGGCGAGGAGCACGGGCCAGAUCCCAAGGUGCAGGCCGAGGUCGAUAAGCUGAUGCAGAAGCUGAGGGACGAGGCGGACGACAAGGAGCCCGGAGAUGGCCCGGCCGAAGAAGAAGGCGAAGAACAGCCCAGCGAUGCUAUUGACAAGUUCGAGCCCGUCGCCCCCGGUGGCGAUGUCCUGCCGCAGCCAUCGUACAGUAGCAGUGACCCAUCGCAGCUGUUCUCCAAGUACACCUUCUUCCUCUCGCGCGAGACGCCGCGGCAGCCGCUCGAGUUCAUCCUCCGCGCAUUUGGCUGCAAGAGGAUAGGCUGGGACUCGGUUCUCGGCGAGGGCGCCUUCACAACAGACGAGUCGGACCCAUCCAUUACGCACCAAAUUGUCGACAGGCCGGUGGUGCAGGCCGCCGCGAGCGACGAGGGCGAUGGCGAGGACAACCAAACGGCUCAAAAGCUCGGACCCAACGGUCGGUAUCCCGGGCGCGUAUACGUGCAGCCGCAGUGGGUGUGGGACAGCAUCAACGACGAGGAGCUCAAGGACACUGGGCUCUACGCCCCGGGCGCGUCGCUGCCGCCUCACCUCAGCCCCUUCGUCAAGUCCACGCAAGGGCAGUACGAUCCCACCAUUCCGCUGGAGGAGCAGCAGACAGAAGUCGAGGCCAUCGAUGCCGAGCUGGAGGACGCCAACGUGGAGCAAGGCGGUGAGGCGUCCGAGGUCGAGAACGACAUGGACGUUGCAUCCGAAAUUGACGAGGAAGAAGACGAAGACAAAAACGAGGAAGACGAAGAGGAAGAGUCCGACGACGAGGACGAGGACGAGGACGAGUCGGCCACGCUGCAGCGGCAGCGGGAGCUCGAGGCCGAGAUCACGGGCAAGUUGGUGCAAGCGGCCGACCAGAAGAAGGUGGACGCCAAGACCAAGGCGAAGCUCGAGGCCAAGCGGGCGCUGGAGCGGCGCAAGAAGCAGGAGGCCGAGGACCUGGAGCGGGCCAAGGGCAUGCUGAGCAAGAAGAAGCGCAAGCUGUUUGAGCAGAUGCAGUACACCAACAGCAAGAAGAGCGCCGAGGACAUGAAGCUGAGGCAGAAGCGGCGGAAGCUGGAGAAGGAGAAGGAGAGGGCAAAGGCGUAA